ACCAGGCUGCGAUGCAACUGGUCAGGAUGCUCUCGAUGGUGCAGCGGUAGUAUUUGGAGAGGACCUGGGGUGGCAUGCCACAUUUCUUCAGCCUGCCUUAGGAAGCAACGGUGCUGUUGCACCCUCUUGACGAGUGGUGGUGUUGGUCCAUGUCAAGUCCUCUGAUGUGGAUGCUGGCCCACGUGUUAAGAGUCUGUAUGGAGUAGGUUCUGUUGCCAUUCCUCACAACCUGUGGUCUGCCCGUCAGGAAGUCCAGCGUCCAGUUUUAGAGGGUAGUGUCCAGAGUUGGGGCUCUGCGCUUCGAGGGAACAAUAGUGUUGAAUGCUGAACUGUAGUCAAUGAACAGCAUUCUCACAUAGGUGUUCCUCUUGUUCAGAUGUGUUAGGGGCCAUAUGAAUAAUGGUUGUAAUGGCAUCUUCCGUGGAUUUGUUGGAGCGGUAGGCAAAUUGGAGUGAGUCCAGUGUGCCUGGCAUGCUGGCCUUGAUGUGGGCCAUGACCAGCCUCUCGAAGCACUUCAUGAUGACCGGUGAGUGCGACUGGGCGGUAGUCAUUUGCGCAUGUCAGCUUGUUUUUCUUGUGCACUGGGAUGAUGGUGGUCUCCUUGAAGCAAGUGGGGGAACUACAGCAUGGGACAGGGACAGGUUGAAGAUGGCAGAGAAGACUCCCACCAGCUGGUCAGCGCACACUCUGAGGACGCGGCCAGGGAUGGCAUCUGGGCCGGCGGCUAUGUGUAUUCACUCAUGAGAGUUCCUCACGUCAGACUCGGAGAGCGAAAACAUCUGGUUCUGGAGCAGCGAGAGCCUUCCUGGAUUGCUCAGUAUUGUCUGCCUCGAAGAGUGCAUAGAUUGUGUUAAUCUUGUCUGAGAGGGAGGGCACCACACAGCUGGAUUUGCCUUUGUAGUCCGUGAUAGCCUGUAUUCCUUGCCACAUGCGUUGCGAGACUGAGUUGUCAAACAUCGAUUUAAAGUUUGAGUUUAUAGUGUCUUUUUGCAUCCCUAAAGGAUUUGUAGAGCUCGUUCCUGCUUGCCUUGUACGCGUCGCACGCCACCGACUUGUUGGGGUUUGCGCUGCUGACAUUGAAUGCUGCAGUAUGGGCUCUCGGCAUGGUACGGAUUUCUCUGUUCUUCCAGGGUUUUGGUUAGGGUAUGUCUGGAUUGUUUUUGCAAGUACAUCAUCAACACAUUUCAUAAUGAAGCCUGUGACUGACAAUGUAUAUUCCUUAAUAUUGAUGGAUGAGUCCUGGGUGGAUGAAUCUUUGAACAUAUUCCAAUUAAUAUUCUUAAACAGUCCUACAGUAUUGAGUCUGCCUCUGUCCAGUACUUCACUAUUCUUUGUGUUGGUGGCUCCCUCUUGAGUUGCUGCUUCUAGGCAGGGAGUAGGAACAGAGAGACGUGAUCUGAUUGGCCGUUGUGGAGGCGGGGGACGGCUUUGUAUGCGUCACAGAUGUUUUGUGUACACAUGGUCCAGCACGUUGUUUCCUCUCGUGGUCCCGGAUACAUUUUGGUGAUACUUUGGAAUAAUAAAAAAUGAACUUGCUUUGUUAAAAUCUCCCCCGUCCAAAAAGACUUCGUCCGGGUGAGAGGAUUCUUGCUGGCCAAUUUUCUUGUACAGUUCGCUGAGUGCCGCUUUGAUGUUUACUUGUAGCUGUUUGUACGCAGCCGUGGUAAUAACGCACGUGAAUUCCCUCGGCAUAUCGUGGGGUCCAAAAACCCAAAACUCAAUGUAGGGUGAACAGGAGCUUGAUGUUUUUAAACUUCGGUACACCAUGAACUGUUGACGAGGAAGCAUAUGCCUCCCCCUACUCUUACCAGAAGUCAAUACGGAAAAUUGAAAAGUCGUCUGGUUGAAUAGCAGAGUCAAAUGAGUUGUCCAUACGCCAUGUCUCUGUAAAAACCAAGACUCGGCAUUCCCUGAUGUCCCUCUACGAUUUGAAGCCUUGCUCUGAGUUCACAAAGUUAAUUUUCCAGCGAUUGGACAUUAGCCAUCGGGAUGCUAGAAAGAGGAGGACAUGUAGCCUGUCUUUUCAGCUUGGCUUGGAGUCCCCUUUUUCGUUCUUCUUCUUCAUCACCGGCAUUGCCUUCUGUCGUCUCGGCCAGGAGAAACAGGUUCUUCAUGAAACGUUCCCACAGCACACAUUUCUCAUGAAUGGUCUGAUUCAAGGUGUUAAGGGGUUGCUGUCUUUCCUGAGUGCCCCUCUGAUAGGUGCCUUAUCAGAUGUUUGGGGCAGGAAGUCCUUCCUGCUGGUUACAGUGUUCUUCACCUGUGCCCCAAUCCCCCUAAUGAGGAUAAGCCCAUGGUGGUAUUUUGCCAUGAUAUCAGUCUCGGGUGUCUUCGCUGUGACUUUCUCUGUAAUAUUUGCAUAUGUUGCAGACAUCACUGAAGAACAUGAAAGAAGCACAGCAUAUGGACUGGUGUCAGCAACGUUUGCCGCCAGUUUGGUCACGAGUCCCGCCAUCGGUGCCUACCUUUCUGCAAAUUACGGCGACAGUUUGGUGGUGCUAGUGGCCACUAUCAUCGCAGUGGUGGAUAUCGCCUUUGUUCUUUUGGUCGUGCCAGAAUCUCUCCCAGACAAAAUGAGACUGACGUCCUGGGGGUCGCCUAUCUCUUGGGAGCAAGCUGACCCCUUUGCUUCUCUUAGGCGAGUGGGAAAGGACCCGACAGUGCUGCUUAUAUGUGUCACAGUGUUCCUGUCCUACUUGCCAGAGGCAGGCCAAUACUCCAGUUUCUUCCUCUACCUGCGACAGGUUAUUGAAUUCUCACCUGCAGUAAUUGCUGCUUUUAUAGCAAUGGUCGGGAUCCUCUCUAUUAUCGCUCAGACAUUGCUCUUAACCUAUUUUAUGAGAACUAUCGGGAAUAAAAACACAGUGUUGCUUGGACUGGGGUUUCAGCUGUUCCAGCUAGCCUGGUAUGGCUUUGGAUCAGAACCAUGGAUGAUGUGGGCUGCGGGUACAGUCGCAGCCAUGUCCAGUAUCACCUUCCCUGCAGUCAGUGCUUUGGUGUCCCGGAUAGCAGCCUCUGAUCAGCAAGGAUGUGUCCAGGGAAUGAUUACGGGUAUCAGAGGCCUAUGCAAUGGGCUGGGUCCAGCUCUGUACGGCUUCAUAUUCUUCCUGUUCAACGUGGAGCUGAACGAGCUUGACCCUAUGACAGGAAGAAACAAAAGCACACCUCAGGAACCCAGCGAGAAACCGACCAUUCCCGGUCCGCCCUUCCUGUUCGGAGCCUGUUUAGUGUUGCUGGCUCUCCUUGUGGCCAUCUUCAUCCCUGACCACAGAAGUAUGGCAGUGAAGACCUACACGAACACGCGCAAAAUCAGCACCAGCAACAACCUCCAGAGUUUAAACCCCCUGCCUGCCAGUGAAGAGGACAUAGAGCCUCUCCUGCAGGACAGCAGCAUGUGAUUGUCUGAAAGGGACUCCAACAUGAGCCCCCCUAAUGGCCCCCAAACUACAACCUCAACCAGCAGCAGCUGACAUGGAGCCAUUCAGGGUAUAUCCUUCAACCACAUUGAACACACAGUUCUGUUUCUACGAUUAGGGAACGGUCUUUUGUCCAGCGAGAUGGUUUUAUCGUUUACUGUGAUUUUGCAUUGCGACAAGGACAGAAACAAUGCUGAGUUGAAGAGAUGACCGUAAGCUCUGCUGGUUUCUCAUGCUUAAAGAACCCCCCUCCUAUUAAUGGGUUUAAAAGGCCAAUCAAUGCCCACUCCAGCUUUAUGUUAAUAAAAUAUUGACCUGUAUCUCAUCAAAGUUACUGUGCAAUCUAGAUUGUAAACGGAUUGGUGUAUAGUUAGGUAAAUACACUACAUGACAAAGUAUGUGGACAUCUGCUCUUAGACCAUCUCAUUCCAAAAUCAUGGGCAUUAAUAUGGAGUUGGUCCCCCCCCUUUGCUGCU